AUGCCACAGCCCGGACAUGGCAGGUCGGUCACGAUCGGAAGAAAGGAAAAGACCUCGGCACUGAAUCCGUCAUCCCGACAUCGCGACUCUAUACGUCCAGCGACGGGCCGGAAACGCUACCGGCAUGAGAGUCAUGACGACGUCACCUCAACACACACUGUCGAGAGCACCGACCUAGAAGAUGCGUUCGAAAGCGACUGCGGCAGUGUCUCCCCCGACGAAACAGCCUCAUUGUUACAGCCACACUUGCCUAAGAAUCUUCAACACCUGGCGUGCCAGUUAGCCGGUCAAACCUUUCCAGUUGUUUCUCAAUGGAUGAAGUCCGCACGCUACAUCCCACCCCCUACUAUCAGGAUCCCACCUCCAAAGCGCUCCAAAACCUCUAGCCCAACACCUCGAUCCAUACUCAUGGAGACAUCUGACCCAUCCGACCCCUCAACCGUCCUCAUCUUUCGAAUUGAUGGCUACUACCCUCUACCAUGUCCCUUCGCCAUCUCCAACCCAUCCCAUCAUGGAUUCUGUAACUUACAGCACCACCUCCGCUCCAUCUCUGAUGUCGUCCAACAUCUUAUCAAGCACCACCCCAAUCCCUUCUACUGCCCUAUCUGCAGUCAAACCUUUGCCAAUGAGCCCACCUGCGACAGCCACAUUCGGGAACGCACCUGCCAGCCUCGCAGCCUUGACAUCAUCAAGGGCGUUUCCCAGUCUACGCUCAGGGAGAUCAUUAGACGUGACAAACCGCACCUACCUGAAGAAGACCGCUGGCGGAAUAUUUAUAGGAUUUUGCUUCCCGGUAACAAGCUCCCUGGAAGGGGGACGGCAUAUAUAAACCAGGGCUUGCCGUUGGCAGUAGCAAUGACGAGGGAUUACUGGGAACAACACGGGCGGAGGAUAGUGGGUGAGUAUCUCGCAAAGGUUGGCUCUGAUGGGAGUGUACCUACAACAGGAGAUGAGGAGGUCUCGAUGCUUUGUAUGAUUGCGGAGAAGGAGUUAGUUGGGCUUGUUAUUGCGGAGCAUGCCCAGAAGAAUUGUCAAAUCAGUGAGGUGGGUGAGGGGGUGGGUGAGGAUAAAUGGGUGACUGUGAAGGCUGAGCAGGACUGA